AUGAGUCCAGUUGAAGUUCCUAGAAAUAUUGAAGAUCCAGAGAAACCACGUGUUGCCAAACGUAGAUUCGUGGGUAGAAAACCACAGAAUUUAAAUGUUAAAGAAGGAGAUCAACCAUUAACAAGAACUCUAAAUACAUCUCGUCAUAUAGGUAGAGUAAUGAAUCAAAUACCUGAUGAAAUUCUAAAUGAUAAAGAAUUGAAUGAAGCUAUCAAAUUAUUACCAUCAAAUUAUAAUUUUGAAAUCCAUAAAACUGUAUGGAAUAUUAAAAAACAAAAUGCUAAAAGAGUUGCAUUACAAAUGCCCGAAGGUUUAUUAAUUUAUUCAUUAAUUAUAUCUGAUAUCUUAGAACAAUUUUGUCAAGUUGAAACUAUAGUUAUGGGAGAUGUAUCAUAUGGUGCAUGUUGUAUUGAUGAUUAUACAGCAAGAUCACUUGAUUGUGAUUUUAUUGUUCAUUAUGCCCAUUCAUGUUUAGUUCCAAUUGAUUUAAUGUCAAUUAAAGUAUUGUAUGUGUUUGUUACUAUAAAUAUUGAUGAAACUCAUUUGAUAAAUACAAUAAAAUUAAAUUUUGAAAGAGGUAGUCAAAUAGCUAUAUUUGGUACUAUUCAAUUCAAUCCAACUAUUCAUAGUAUAAAAGCAAAAUUAGAAAAUGAUGAAUCAAAACCAAUUUAUUUAAUACCUCCUCAAACAAGACCACUUUCAAAAGGUGAAGUAUUAGGUUGUACUUCUGCAAAACUAGAUAAAUCUCAUAUUAAAUCAAUGAUUUAUAUAGGUGAUGGAAGAUUUCAUUUAGAAAGUUCAAUGAUUCAUAAUCCUGAUAUUCCUGCUUUUAGAUAUGAUCCAUAUAGUAGGAAAUUUACAAGAGAAUAUUACGAUCAAAAACAAAUGAUUGAAGUUAGAAAAGAUGCUAUUUCAACUACUAAAUAUGCUAAAAAAGUAGGAUUAAUUUUAGGUGCUUUAGGAAGACAAGGUAAUCCAAUUACUUUGGAUAAAUUAGAAAAAGAAUUACUGAAAAAGGGAAUUCAAGUAGUUAAAAUUAUAUUAAGUGAAAUUUUACCUUCUAAAAUUGCCAUGUUUGAUGAUGUUGAUGCUUUUGUUCAAGUUGCUUGUCCAAGAUUAUCAAUUGAUUGGGGUUAUGCAUUUAAUAAGCCAUUAUUGACACCUUAUGAAGCUAUGGUUAUGUUGGAAAAAGAUACUAUGGGUGAUGAAAAAGUAUAUCCUAUGGAUUAUUAUUCAAAAGAAGGUUAUGGAAGAGGUAAAAUACCAGAUCAUUCAGAUAUAUAA